AUGCCGAGGUUGGAGCUGGCCAAGGCUCACUCCCAAAGCUCGGGGGUGUGUUCAACGGCUCCGCGAAAUAGCACGCCGAAGAAGCAACGGGAGCUGGCUGGGCAGCAGGGGCCCCUCCACGAGCGUCCCGGAGCCGAGCGCAGCACUUCAAAAAGUCCCGCGGACGGCGACUCCAGCCAUGCACCCAGGCGUAGCGACUCCAUUGGCAGCUCGUUGCUGGCUCACAUGCAGAACCUGGCCUUGCGCAGCCAGGAUGACCGGCAUCGCUCCAGCGUUUCGUCCUGGCGACAUGCGGCGGUGGCCUUCCGGUCGUGGGCCCGCAGCAUGGCACCCCUCUGGGUGGCGCUGGUCGCCGCCUUCGUGCUCGUCGCCUUCUUCUUGGGCUCAUCGAUUACACGCAAGGUAGACCCGGAGGCCCUCCUGGAUAAUGGCUGCACGUCCAGAGGCUGCAUGGAGCACUUGGAGCGCCUGUCCAGAGAGCUGAACACCAGCAUCGACCCGUGCUGGGACCCGGUGGCCUACGUGUGCGGCAAUGUGCGCUGGUACAGCGAUCUUGUAUCGGACGCGGUCACCGACAUGCUAACGCGCUGGUCCCGGCACGGUGCUACCUUCCUCGAGCAGCAUCGAUUGUCACCCGUGUCGGCGCUGUACAAGUCUUGCAUGGCACGGGACAGCGACACCGAGAGGCGCCUCAGAGAGAUCCUGCAAUUCCUUAGGGAUCGAGGACUACCAUGGCCCCGCAGGUCCACAGACUCAAGCUCCGCCAGGCACGCUCUUGAUGUGGUCCUCGACCUUAUCAUCAACUGGGGCGUCAGUUUCAUGCUGGAGAUAAGCCUCAAGCAACUUCCAGGAGACACAAGGUACAGCCUGUGCAUGAGCUACAAUCACAUCACUCUCUGGCGCGCCUCUUGGUACAACUAUUCGAAAGUGGAUGGCCAGCGGCUCAAGUACGUGCAGGCCAUGUACCACCUGUACGGGGCCGGUGACACUCCGCUGGCCCAUAUGCGUGACCUCGUGGCUGACGAAGAAAAGUUUCUCCGCAUCGCCAAUGAGGCCAUUGCCAGCGCAAACCACGUCGUCAUGAAGCUGCGGGUGGUUCACCUGGACCUGCUUACGCCGAACGUAAGCAGCGACCGUUGGCUGGAGUACCUCAACAAGCACCUCCGCCCACACCGCUUGCUGCCCAACGACAAUCUGCUGGUCGUCGACAAGGUCGUCACCACGACGGCGAACAGAAUGUUGGAAAGCUUCAGCAAUGCGGACAUUCUGGAGCAAGUGGCCUGGAGCUUCAUCGACAAGUACUCGUUCGCCAAUUCGUACGCGGCAGCCGUGGUCACGUUCGGGGACGAGGAGUCCGUGGCUUUAUUCAGACCCAGCAUGUGUUACGUGUUUACCGAGAGCCGCUUCCGGAGGUGGCUUUUCCUCGAGAGGACCGCGGCGCUCGGCGGCUCGCUUUUCCUGGGCAAUCUAAGCGGCAUCUUCGAAGACGUGCGCAACGCCACCCAGCGGCUGCUCUCUGACGCGGCCCCGUGGAUCGACCUACCAGCGCGAGCCGAGGCGGCAUCCAUAGCUGCCGAAAUGCACCGUCGCAAGUUCCCGGGCUGGCCCCUGAACGACACCAUGCUGCACCGUCACGGCGCGUACUCGCUCCCCGCGGAGUACGAGUACUGGUGGAACACGCUGUUCCUGAACCCAGCCUUGGCGGCGCCACCCAUGUUCUAUAUGGGCGCACCGCCUUCAAUCAACUACGGGGGAUACGGCGCGGCCAUCGCUAGGCAACUAGUCAGGGGCUUCGAUCCGCAGACGGGCUCGUUCCUGGACACCAAGAGGGCCGUGAGAAGCUGGAUGUCGAGGAAAACCCGCAAGGUGCUUGAGCACAAGGUCAGCUGCGCGGCCGGUAGAUCCAGCGUGCUCAUGCAGGUGGCCGCUGUCCAGGUUGCGUACCGGGCAUUCCGAGAACAACAUGCGGAUGAACCCCGCCGCUACGUCGUCAGCAAGCAUGUCUCGUUGACGCCGGACAUGCUCUUCUUCGUGACGCUCUGUCGCAGCUUGUGCGGCAUGGGCAAACUGUGCUCUAGGGUACUCAGAAAUAUGGCAGCGUUCGGCCGCGCCUUCUCUUGCAAGCACAACGCGCCCAUGAAUCCCACAAAGAAGUGCUCCUUCUUCGAGCAGGAGGGAUCUUGA